AUGUGAUAUGCAGUAAGACACUGACGUUGAAAACUUGACUUAUUUGGAGAUAUUUGCACUUCUUAGGUUAGGUAUUUCUCACCCGUUGAGAUGUUGCUUCUGAAGCUCUGAGACGAUCAGACCAAGUUCUGAGGGUGCUUAAAAUGCUGCUGUAAAGACGUCUCUCCCUGAGCUUGGGUAAUUCAUAACGCAACAAUAGCACAAUAAUGGUGAAGCUGCUAGAAGGCUUGUAAUAAUACAAAAAAAACCUAAUUUUAAGAAAAUAAAAUCAGAAAUAGCUAUCUUCAUUUGAAGAUGAUGAUGAUUCCAUCACAUGCAAAGGGAUCUCACGGGCAGAGAAAGUCCGUAAUAACAUGGCUGUCUGUUUGUUUACUGCUUGCUGUGCAGACGGAUCAUAUCUCUGGACAGGAGAAUUCUGGAGAACAUUCAGGUUAUAAUGAAUACGAAGAAGAGAUAUAUUCAGACCUACAUGAAUAUGGAAGCUCUCCGUACAAUAGCUAUGGGUCAGGAGAUGACUAUUUGGUUACAGCAACUGACAUACCUUCAAGCACAAAUGUUCCAGAUGGGAUAUAUACGGAGGAGGUUACAUUUUCUGGGUAUUCACCUGACACUCAGAUUGUAACAGAAGAAGGGGGGCCUUAUCAAUCUCCUACUGAACCAUUUUUUGCUGCACGAGAUGUGACCACAGUGACCACAACAUUUCCAUAUUAUCACCAAACUACUCCAAGAGAGAAUGAGGAUAUCCUACCGGCCCCGGAGCUUUCCCCAUAUCAUGAAGUAACAGAUCUGAUCGAAGAAUUUAGACUUGCAAGUACUUCUGGAGUAAAGAUCAUUACAGGAUCACAAGCAAGCUUGAAGGCAUAUGAACUCGGAGAAAGAGUGCAACUAAGAAAACAAUCAAGGUUGAUUUUCCCGAAUGGUUUCCCAAGGGAGUUCUCAAUAGUUUCCACAUUCCGUAUGAUGGACAAGACACCAGAAGAGGUUUGGAAUUUGUGGGAAAUGGAAGCUCAAAAUGGAGUGGAGCAAUUUAGGCUGCGUCUGUAUGGAGAAACCAAUGCAGUCGAUGUAUACAGUUCAGCCGCCAUAGGAAGGCAAAGUGUCAUAACUUUUGAGAAUGUGGGAAGGCUGUUUGAUAACAGGUGGCACAAGCUUUCACUGAGUGUCAGGAGAAAUCAGCUAACGCUCUAUGUGGACUGCCAGCAAGUUGGUUCCUCUCCUGUAAGUUUCUAUGGAACCAUCAAGUUAGAUGGCUUCAGUACUCUGGCUCGGAGAGUAAAGAACACAGCCACUGCAAAUGUUGAAAUUCAACACCUUGAGAUCUCAGCAGAUCCAGAAAGAGCACGUGAAGCAACCUGUUGUGAGCUGCCUGGAGCGUGUGCUGGUGAGUUAGUUACCUCAACUAGUUGCAACUGUAUGCCAGGAGACCCUGGGUUUCAAGGAUUUCCUGGAUCCAAGGGUGAAAAGGGUAGCCAGGGAUUGCCAGGUCACACAGGAAUCCAGGGUAGACAGGGCUACAGAGGAGCAAAAGGAGCACAAGGUAGAAGAGGUGAUAUAGGUCCCAGGGGAGAUCCAGGUCUAGAUGGCGAUGAGGGCCCCUCUGGGUUCCCAGGAGAUAUUGGUUUGUUUGGACUACCUGGACAGAAGGGGGAACAAGGUAUUCCAGGAAGACAGGGAGAUCCUGGACUGACAGGGCCACAAGGAGAGCCAGGACCUAAAGGAGAUCCUGGUAAUGCUGGUAAAGUAGGCAUUGAUGGCAUUGAUGGCCAACCGGGUGAGAAGGGAUCCCGAGGGUCGCCAGGAACACAAGGACCAGAGGGACCUAAGGGACAUAAGGGUGAUGCUGGAACUCCAGGAUAUGUCGGCAGUCGAGGAGAGAUUGGAUACCCGGGUUACCCGGGUAUUACAGGGGAUCAAGGAGAAAAGGGAAUAAAGGGUAUACAAGGGAUUUCAGGAGUUCCUGGAGUAAGAGGUACCCCUGGAAAAGAUGGUCCUAUUGGUGUUCCUGGAAGAGGAGGAAAUGUUGGAAUAAUGGGACCGAAGGGAGACAAAGGAGACCCAGGCCCACAGGGUCCACCAGGGAUAGAAGGCAUGAUGGGGGCAAAGGGUGAAAGGGGUGAUUCUGGAAUACCAGGAGAAGCAGGACCUCAGGGAGUUAAAGGACCAAAGGGCUCACAAGGUGACACGGGAGACGACGGCUUAAAGGGAGACAAGGGAAGACAGGGAUUAAAAGGGGAAAAAGGAGCCAAGGGUGAUAUUGGUGAUACUGGAGACCAUGGAACACAAGGUAAGCGUGGACCUCCAGGUCUAUCUGGUCCACUAGGUAGAACAGGUGUCCCUGGAUUACCAGGUCCAAGGGGUUAUGCCGGUCUAAGCGGAGACAUCGGAGAAAGAGGUCCUCCCGGGCCACCUGGACUUCCCGGGCCUCUGGGCCCAGAUAUGCCUGAUAAUAUAGUGUACGAACUGUGCCGGAAAGUGGUGAUAGAGCAAAUGUCACGGUAUGCCGCCAGCAUUAGAGGGAAGUGUGCCAGUGCCUGCCCAACAGCCAACGUAUCAUUGAUAGGACCACCAGGACCACCUGGAGCACCAGGAAAAAAUGGAAAACAGGGAAAACCUGGUGCUGCUGGAUCUAAUGGAAGUCGUGGUCCUAGAGGACCAGUUGGGGUUCCUGGAGCCAAAGGAGCUGAUGGACAACAAGGUGAAAGAGGGAAGAAAGGAGACAGAGGUAACCCAGGUACUGGACUUCCAGGGCCAGAUGGUGUUCAGGGACCUACAGGAUAUCCAGGAUACCCAGGAGUUGCUAAAGACGGAGCUGUCGGACCACAGGGGCCUCCUGGUUACAGUGGUCCUACCGGUCAACAAGGGUUAACAGGACCGGCUGGUGUCCCAGGAUUCUGCGAAGCUAGGGACUGUGGCAUCAAUGCCCCAUCAAUGUUGAAUGAACAAGGUCUUUUAAUUAAGAAGUAGUUCUAAGCAACAUCAGGAUAAAACAUGGAACUGAAAAAGAUAAUGGACUAUAGAACACAGACAGUACUCGGAUGAAAUUUACACGAUAUUCAGGUGUGAUCAACACUUCUUCAUGGAGAGAAAUGAGUGGAUAAUUCACCAUAAAAAAAACACCAGGAAAACUCAUCAAGGACUGUUAUGGAUGGUAAAAACAUGUUAAAUACAUACUCAGAACAAGUCAACUACCUCCCACAUCUUCCCAUAGUGUAGUGCCGCUUCAUAUGUAUGCGCAUAAGUAAAAAUACCCUUCACCAGGAAAAUACCCUUCACACAGAAAUACCGUAAUAGCGUGGUAUUCCCCACCUAGUCUAAUGCAAUUGUAAGUCAUCGGUGUGUCUACAUAAGUUUCAUGUGACUGUAACUCUUAAUUCACAAGACAAGUUUGCAGCUUGUUACAUGCUGUCCCUAUAACUUUUAUCAACAUUAACAUAUGACAACAAUGAUCAAAAUGAAUGAGUAGACCCCUCAGUCUCUAAAAAAAACAUUGGACCAGAUCAAUGCAAUGUAAAACAAUCAUACGUAUGUAAUUUCAUAGUGAAUAAAAAUGCUUCAAUGCCCAAAAAAUUCUAUUUAAUUUUAAAAUAAAAAGAAUGACUUAAAG